GCUGGUGAUACACCGCCACGGACACGUUGGAGGCGCCCCGGGGGAGGCGGAUCCUCAGCUCGGCCGCCUGGAUCUGGUGGUCGGCCAGGAGGGCGUGGAGGUCAAAGGUCGCCGCCCAGUGCCGAUGCUUGUGCACCAACCCUAAACAACAGCGUCCCUGAAGGCGCCUCUUUAGCGCAUGCGCACAUCGACUCCACUCGCCCAAGUCUUUUUUUUUUUUUUUUUUUUUUUGCAGAGAAGAACCCGAAAAAAAAUCAAUGAGUGUUUUACUACCGGGGGUGGGAACGUAAAAAGAAAACCCACGACAAAAGCUCCAUCCAGUUGAAAUCCCAAAUCCUGUGUUUUUUCGAGGGUUUUUUUUCCCCCCACGCCGGGAGCUGCAAUGCUGUGUGUGGAGCAUGGGUACGACCGCCAGCGCAGCGCCGCCGCCGCCGCCCGUCACGUCGCCGCUUGAGAGCGUCCACGGCAACGGGACGAUGGCCGACAGCCGGCCCCUGCUCAGCGCCAACCCCUUUCAGACGGUCAACGUCCACAACAACAAGGCCAAGUCCAUUAUCACCAACAAGGUUGCACCUGUCGUCAUCACGUACAAUUGCAAGCAGGAGUUUCAGAUUCACGAUGACAUCCGCAAGAGCAACUACAAAGUCGGGCGGAUAUCGGACGCCAUGCCUGAGCACUACCUGGUGCAGGGAAAGUACUUCAUGGUGCAGGAUGCGUACAGCAAAGCGGACGUCCUCAGUACCACCGGCACCUACGGGGCGCCCAAUUUCCGCCAGGUCAAGGGGUCCUACCCGCUGUACGGGAUGGGUCAGCCCAGCCUGAAUGGCUUCAAGCAGGUUCUGCAGAGGCUCCAAGCGCAAGGACAUGAGGAAGUCAUAUUCUUUUGCGUGCGAGAGGAGCCUGUGGUCUUCCUGCGCAAGGGUGACGACUUUGCCCCGUACACCCCCAGGAGGAAGGAAAACCUCCAUGAGAACCUUCAUGGUCUGGACAAAGAGGAGCAAGUGGAAAGCUUGGAGCUCACCAUCAGGAAGGAGCUCCACGAUUUUGCCAAGCUCAACGACAACGUCUUCUACAUCUACAACGACAUCGAGUUCCUCAAGGACGAGCCUCAGAAGACGCUCAUCACGUGCGAGGAGGACAUCCACGUGACCGAGGAGGUCUACAAGAGGCCCGUGUUCACCAUGCCAGCCUACAGGUAUUAUAGAUUACCACUGCCAGUAGAGGGAGCCCCACUGGAACAAGACUUGGACGCUUUUGUAAACAUACUCAGGGAGAGCCCCAGCUUGUCUCUGGGACACGACGCCACACGGCAGCCACCCGCCCUGCUCUUUAGUUGCCAGGUGGGCGUUGGGCGCACCACCCUGGCCAUGAUCCUGGGCACGCUGGUGAUGAACCACCUCAGGGGCGACUCGUGUCCGCCGCCUCAACUUGAGAAGGUGCCUGCGUCUUCAGAGCCCAAACCGAUUUUCCGCAUCAUCCAGUCUCUCAUCAGCAGGCUCCCUAACGGACAGCAAAUAGUGGAAGAGGUGGACCAGGCGAUAGCGCUGUGUUCGGAAAUGCACAACAUAAAAGAAGCAAUAUACGAGAACAAGAGCAAGUUGGAGGGCAUUGGAGAUGAUUACCAGAUUCAGGGAAACAGCACCAAAGACUACUUCCUCAACAGAGCCAGGCAGAGCUUGGAGCGCUACUUCUACUUGAUUGUGUUUAACGCAUACCUCCAUGAGCAGUAUCCUCUUGCCUUCGUGUCCAACUUCAGCCGGUGGAUGUGCUGCCACACUUGGCUGUACCGCCUCCUGGCCCGUAUGGACCUUUCCGAGCUGUCGGCACCGCCCCAGCUGGUCACCAGGGGAGCCCGUGUCCUGGUGGCUAACGAGUACUUGGCCCCCGAUGUCCUCAGCACGGUGAAGGAGAUGAAGGCGGUCAACUUCAGACGAGUGCCCAAGAUGCCCGUGUACGGAAUGGCGCAACCGACAUCAGAGGCCACAGGAGCCGUGCUGGCCCACCUGAUGGACGAGAAGAGGAAGCACAGUCACGUGUUGUGGGUCAACCUGCAGGAGGAGCUGGUCCUCGAAGGCAACGGCCAGAUCUUCACGCAGAGGGAGCCAUCGCACUUGGAUCAGCACAUUCCCGUCCCGUCUUCGGACCCGCACGUCAUCGAGAAAUUGGAGAGCUCCCUGAAGGAUGAGAUCAUGCGAGGCCAGAAGUGGCUGGAGGUGACGCUGGAGCAGGAGAAGCAAAUGAAGAUGUUCAAAAGCGUCUUGACGGUGAAGGACAUCUUCACACAGCACAAAAACUCCACGCAGGGUCUGGUCUACAAGCGCAUCCCUUUGGCGGACUGCAGCGCCCCCCGGGAGGAGGAUUUUGACAAGCUGCUGGACGCCAUGAAGAGUGCCCUGGCCGAGGAUUCUCGCUCGGCGUUUGUCUUCAACUGCUCCAACGGCAAAGGCCGGACCACCACUGCUAUGGUGGUCUCUGUGCUCACUUUGUGGCACUUCAACGGGUUUCCGGAAUUUACCGAAGAUGAGAUAGUUAGCGUCCCUGAUGCCAAGUACACAAAAGGAGAGUUUCAGGUGGUGAUGCAACUGGUGCGCCUCCUCCCCGACGGCAACCGGAUGAAGUGCGAGGUGGACAUGGCGCUGGACUCGGUCUCGGAGACCAUGACCCCCAUGCACUACCACCUGAGGGAGAUCAUCAUCUGCACCUACAGACAGAUCAAAAGUGGCAAGUCGGAAAAGGAAUGCCAUGAACUUCUGCUCAAGAGCCUGCAGUACCUGGAACGCUACAUUUACCUCAUUCUCUUCAACACGUACCUGCACCUGGAGAAGAAAACCUCCUACCAACGUUCCUUCAGCCUCUGGAUGGAGCAGGUCGCCGCCCGGGCCGGAGUUUACGACAUCCUCAACCGGCUGAGCUUCAGCGAGUUCAAUAACCCGAGGGACGCCCCACUGACCCCGCUGGCCCGGCUGCGUUGGCGCUGGCAGCAGCAGAACCUUCCGUCGCUUCCUUUCCGGGGGGACUUCCUGUGAGGCGGGAUCACUGUGAACCACACCAUACAGUACUGUGCUUUUCACAAUAAAAGACUUAACUUCAUGCCUCUUAAAUGGCGCCGUCAAAUAGUUUCGGUCUCGAAGUAGAAGUCGCCGUGCCUUUAAUUGUCGCGAAUGAUCGUUUUGAUCAAAGUAAUAUUUAUCGUCUUGAUAUGCAGGUGAGAAGGUUGCUUCCGUGGUGAGAGGUCUCACUCCACAGAGAAAAACCCACUCUAUUUAAAAGUCCAUGUUGCGUUUAGAUGGACGCUACUUAUGCUACUAUAUAUAUCAAUUUUAUCAUUUUUUAUUAUAUUAUUAUUAUUAUUAUAUGAUCAUUUUUUAUCGUCAUGCUUCAAGAUUAUUUGGAUUAUAUUCUUGAAAAAGCGACUUUAUUAUCGUAAUAUUAUGACUUGAUUCUUGUUAAGCUAAUUUUUUUUAAUUCUAACAUUUUUGCAAUAAUACAAUUUUAUCUUUUAUUGUAAUUUUAUGACUUAAUUUUCACCAAAUGUAGUUUUUAUGCUAGUCGUAGUACUACUCUUUAUUGUCAACUUUUUUCUGUAGCAUGACUUAUUUUUGUCGUGUUUUUUCUGCUAUUUGUAUAUUACGACUUUAUACUUUGUACUAUACAAAUUCUGCAUUUUUUUUCUCAUAAAUUUAUGUAUUAAUUCUCAUAAUAUUCCCGCUUUUUUUUUUAAUUUAAAUUACGACUCUUUAUUCUGAUAAUAUUUCCACUUUUUAUUGCAAUUCCAUGCUUAUUCUGCUUAAUAAUCUUACUUUACUCUUUGUAAUAUUACAACUUCAUGUAAAAUUCAACUGUUUUUAUCCGUUAUUAUUCUGACUUAUUCUUGUAAAAUUCUGUUUUAUUUUCUCGUAAUAGAUUUUUUUUCGUUAUAUUUGUCUUAAUCCUUGUUCAUUCUGUUCCUUUUCCAGUGUUGAGUAAGACCACGGUGUCCUUAAACGUCGCAUUGAUUAUUUAGUCCAUAUGCCGACGUUUGACCGUAUGAUGUUGAUGAAAGAUGUUCGUUUUAUUAGUUGUACUUAGCCAUGUCAUGUUCUAGUUGUAGUAUUUUUUUUUAUUAUUAUUGUUUGAUCUAACUUCGACUUUUUUUUUAGAGCUGAAAUAAAUCAAAUAGAUGAAACCGUU